UCAAAUCAACAACCCUCUGCCCUCAACGUAAAAAACGCUUGCUCACCACAUUGUUAUCAUCGCCUCGUCUCUCUCUCUCUCUCUCUCUCUCUCUCUCUCUCGCUCUCUCUCGCUCUCUCUCUCUUUGUUUUUCUGUUUCUCCCAGCUUCUUCAUCAUGCAAGCGCUUCAAUCUCCAUCUCUCCGCGCAUCUCCUCUCAAACCUCUUCACAAAAAAACCAAGAAACCAAUCCCACAUUUUACCAAUGCCAAACCCGCUAAGAAAUCGCUGGUCAUCGCCGCAUCGUCCGCCGUUUCCGCCCCAAAACGCGAAAAAGAUCCUAAAAAACGGGUUGUAAUCACGGGUCUGGGUCUUGUGUCCGUCUUCGGCAAUGAUGUGGAUGCGUACUACGAAAAAUUGCUGGCCGGAGAGAGUGGGAUUGGCCUAAUUGACAGGUUCGAUGCCUCCAAAUUCCCGACUCGAUUCGGGGGCCAGAUCCGUGGGUUUACCUCAGAAGGGUACAUUGAUGGGAAGAACGAUAGGCGGCUCGAUGAUUGCUUGAGGUACUGCAUUGUCGCAGGCAAGAAGGCCCUGGAGGAUGCGGAUCUCGGGGGAGAUAAGCUUGGCAAGAUUGACAAGGAGCGGGCUGGAGUGCUGGUUGGAACUGGAAUGGGUGGUCUCACAGUGUUUUCAGAUGGUGUUCAGGCUCUAAUAGAGAAAGGCCAUAGAAGAAUAACCCCGUUCUUCAUUCCUUAUGCUAUAACAAACAUGGGUUCUGCUUUGCUUGCCAUUGAUCUUGGUUUUAUGGGUCCAAAUUAUUCAAUUUCAACUGCUUGUGCCACGUCAAAUUAUUGCUUUUAUGCUGCUGCCAAUCACAUCCGUCGAGGUGAGGCAGAUUUGAUGAUUGCUGGUGGAACUGAAGCUGCCAUCAUUCCCAUCGGGCUGGGGGGCUUUGUUGCGUGCAGGGCCUUAUCUCAAAGAAAUGAGGAUCCACAAACUGCUUCAAGGCCAUGGGACAGAGAUCGAGAUGGCUUUGUAAUGGGUGAAGGUGCUGGUGUUCUGGUAAUGGAGAGUUUGGAACAUGCAAUGAAACGAGGUGCACCAAUUAUUGCCGAGUACCUAGGUGGUGCUGUUAAUUGUGAUGCUUAUCACAUGACUGAUCCAAGAGCUGAUGGACUUGGGGUGUCUUCAUGCAUUGAGAGAAGCCUUGAGGAAGCUGGUGUAUCACCAGAGGAGGUUAACUACAUAAAUGCGCAUGCAACUUCAACUCUUGCUGGUGACCUUGCUGAGAUAAAUGCUAUCAAGAAAGUAUUCAAAAACACAUCAGGAAUCAAGAUAAAUGCGACCAAGUCCAUGAUAGGACACUGCCUCGGUGCAGCUGGGGGUUUGGAAGCAAUUGCCACUGUGAAGGCCAUCACUACUGGAUGGCUGCAUCCAACAAUAAACCAAUUCAAUCCUGAACCAUCAGUUGAGUUUGAUACAGUCGCCAACGAAAAGCAGCGACAUGAGGUGAACGUUGCCAUUUCGAAUUCAUUUGGAUUUGGCGGACACAACUCUGUGGUGGCAUUUUCUGCAUUUAAGCCUUGAACAUUCACUCAAAUCUAUCAGCUUGUCUGCCAUUCUUGCCGGAGAUAACUUAUGCUUUUUAGAGAUUUGGUCAGCUAGAAUGUGCUUCAACUUGUAACCUUUACUGAACUGCUGGUUGUUUAUUUGAUGGCAGUUGUAGCUGCUAGUCAUGUAGUAAUUUUGAGUUGAACCUCCAGCAUAAGCUAAACUGUUCUUUGUCUCUUUUUAGCCAUCGGACUUCUGUUCGGAUAGGUGAAGUGGGGCUUGAAAUUUUGGUUGCCUUUUUUGAUCAAUAUAAGCUUCUACUGGCUUAUCAAAUUGCUGCAAAAUAUGUUAGUGUCUAUCGGAUGGUGUUGAGUUCUAAAAGUUCCAGCAACAUGGCUUCCUGCCCUUUCCCUUGA